GAAUGCAAGGCCUUUUUUUAUGACACAACUUGUUCAACUCUGUGCAACUGUAACAAGAGUAACACAGAUUACUGUAACAGUACUACGGGUCAGUGCAUAUGUAAACCCCAGUGGACAUCUCCUGACUGUACAGUAGACAAAGAUGAAUGUCUGGUAGAUCCACUGGCAUGUCCCAACUAUUCGGACUGUACAAAUCUCGAACCAGGCUACCAGUGUGACUGUAAGACGGGACUGGAGAAGAAUGCUACAGGACAGUGUAUGUGUAAGUUAAAGAGAUAA